UGCGAAUGAGAAUCAGCUGGAGAGAGAGAGAGAGAGCGCGAGCGAGUGAGCGAAAGCGAGACGAGCGCAGCCCAGCUAGUUGGAUUGAGAGACGAACUUCCCUAUGCUUAUAUCUUCAUUUUCUUUAAAUGACUAACGCUUGAAACCGGAGCAGGCCAAUGAAGGACUAAAGUGCCGGUCGGCCUUUACGGCACUUUUGUCUGCAUCUUGGUAGAUGCUACGACAAGCUGAGGUCGUAUAGUUUUCGUUCACUUUUUGAAUUUAGGAUAUUGCUUACUGUCACUAACAGUUAUCAUUGCAGUUAUAAAAAAAGAUCUAGUCAUUGUUCUGUUACGGAAAUGCUUCUAAAUGCUGAGGUUUGCGGUGUUGUAUUGCAAAUGCCAUGCUUUCUGUUACCUGGAGCGAAAGUCCAGUUCAUUGUUUGUUGAAGAGUAAUGCAGUCGAUCGAUUUGGAUACUGAUAACACUACGUAGCUACUGGAUGGGAUAUGUCACUUUGUUUGUUGCGAGCGUGGCGUUGGAGGUGUCGACUCUUUCCAUUCGUUUGCUGCCAGCCAGGGCGUACAGAAGACUGGCUUAGCCACUAGCGCAUCAGUGAGUCUUCCUCCGCGCAUAUGCGCCUUCUUUUAUCUGUCACUGGACACCCGGGUGCGAUUCCCCUAUUCUAUUACAACAAAAAACACUAAAGAUCAGUUUACAACGUAUCAGACCCGCAGGCGAGGUUCUGGGUUAGUCGCUGCAUUGGGGCAAAGUUUUCCCUGACAUGACAGUAAGUGACGUGUAAAGUAUAGCCGUUUUUUUUUUUUUCUUUAAACAGAUGAAUGUAAAAAGUUUCCAAUCCAAGACGCGUAAAAUCGGAAUUUUCUGACAUUCUUUGUUUGUAGGAAACCUGGUUGGCAACCCCAUGCCGAUAAGUAGUUGUGAUAUUCUAGCUGCCAAAGCUAAUUUUUGUGAUUGGAAGAUUUUCAGGUAGCCCGUUUACGGUUUGCAAGGAAAGUACUAUACUGUGCAAUUAAUGUUUCGUUUCGCAUGCAUACAAGCAAUGCUCAAGAGGAUAGUGUUGUUUUAGCACGUAACGGAGCAGCAGAUUAUUAGACAUUGUGUUUUAAGCUGUUACUUAGGGACAGAGAACCUGCAUAAUGCAGAUAAAUACAUGUUGAUUAGUAGAUUUGUUCAGUGCGUAUUUUACAGUUUGUUAUAUUUGGGUUACAUUAGAAGAAUAAAGUAUAAACUUGUCAGUAUUGCUUUCCAAUAGUGGCUGGAAACAAGUUUCUUUAUAGUUAUUCAAAACAAAAGUCACCUUACCCUUUGUUGACAAGUGAUUAGUUUUUGCAGUAGUUCAAUUAAAUUUAGUAUUUGCUGAGCAAAAAAAAUACUUAGACUUGCCUUUUGGCUAGCUCUGUCAUCUUUGCUUUGCGUGUGGUCUCCCAAUGAGCAUGGGCUCUGCCAUGCGCCUCCUGUCUGGCCUUGCUCUCUUCAGGCCUGCUUUGCCUUUGAUUUUGGGCCUCUCCCUGGGAUGUAGCCUCAGCUUACUCAUGGUGUCUUGGACCCAAGGAGAUUUAGAAGAGCCCUGUAGUGAUGAACUGGUCAAUACUGCGUUGUUUGGGAGCAGUGAGAAUGAGCACAGUCUUAAAGACAACAAUGCUGCUCCACCAGGAAGUGAAGAUUUCCAGCCACGCAUUGUUCCUUACCACAGGGAUCCCAAUAAGCUUCACAAGAAGGUCUUCAGGACAAGGUACAUUCACACAGAGCUGGGGAUUCGCGAACGACUUCUUGUUGGAAUCUUAACAUCUCGUGCCAUGCUAAAUACUCUUGCAGUGGCAAUUAAUCGGACUGUGGCUCACCAUUUUCACAGAACAUUUUUCUUUACUGGUCUUCGGAGCCCCAAAGUACCCCAUGGCAUGCAAGUAAUUGUUCAUGGAGAUGACCGUCCUGUUUGGCUGAUGUAUGAAACUAUACGCUAUAUUCACCAGCACUUUGGCAGUGACUAUGACUGGUUUUACUUGGCUCAGGAUGACACUUACACUCAAGCUGGAAGGUUGAAUGAGCUGGUGAACCACUUAAGCAUUGGACAAGACCUUUACCUUGGCCGGGCUGAGGAGUUCAUUGGAGGGGAUGAACAUAGUCGAUACUGUCAUGGAGGUUAUGGGUACAUUAUUUCACGCAGCUUACUUGCUCGCUUGCAGCCACAUCUUGACGCAUGCCGCAAUGACAUCUUAAGUGUGAGACCAGAUGAAUGGCUUGGCCGAUGCAUUAUUGAUUUCCUGGGAUUCAGCUGUGUUGAGGUACACCAGGAAAUGCAGUAUAGAUAUUUUGAGCUUGGCAAGAAUUCAGAUCCUGAAAGAGAGGACAGCCCUGAAUUUAAGAACGCAUUUACUGUCCACCCGGUCUCUGAUCCCACACUGAUGUACAGGCUUCACAAGCGUUUCAGCGAGAUUGAACUUGAGAGAACAUAUCUGCAAAUCAGUCAACUACAGGUACAAAUUAGUAAUCUCAGUUCCUUAACUCCAGAAGGAAAGUCGGGUGCUACCUGGCCAAUCGGCAUCAACCCUCCCUUCAGGCCUAAGACCCGCUUUGAAGUGAUUAACUGGGACUACUUUACAGAAGACCACCUGUUCUCUUGUAUCGAUGGAGCUCCAAAGUGUGAACUGCGAGGAGCAGAUCGAGCUGACGUCAUUGAUGUGGUUGAGACCGCUUUAGAAAGACUGAACCAGAGAUACCAGCCAUUACUGCGUUUUCGCAAGCAAAGGCUACUUAAUGGGUACCGUCGCUUUGAUCCCACACGAGGAAUGGAGUACACCUUGGACCUUGUCCUCGAGGCGUACACACAAAAAGGUCACAGCCAUAUUAUCUCCAAACGUGUGGAACUGCUGAGACCACUCAGCUCAAUUGAAAUUAUUCCAAUGCCCUAUGUGACCGAAGCCACCAAAGUGCAGGUCAUUUUGCCAGUAAUUGCCCAGGAUCAAGACUAUGUUGGCAAUUUUCUUGACAUGUAUGUUAUGAAUGCACUGGAUACCCAUGAUAAUGUUGUUCUCACAUUUCUUUUCAUUUAUGACCCUUUCGACGCCCAAAGAGUCAGCCAGAAUGAUGUGUUUUCGGGUGUGAAGUCCAUGAUUAGUGAAGUUGAAAAGAGAUACGCAGAUAUUAAGAUACCGUGGAUAAGUGUCAAAACCGAGGUGCCUUCUCAGGUCAAACUUAUGGAUAUUAUCUCCAAAAAGCAUCCUGUUGACACUCUGUUUUUUGUUGCCAGUGUUUGGACAGAAGUCAACACCGACUUCCUCAAUCGUUGUAGGAUGAAUGCUAUCAGCAACUGGCAGGUCUUCUUCCCCAUUCAUUUCCAGGAGUACAAUCCAGCCAUCAUGUACCGGGACCAGCAGCCCUCUGCAGCCACGUCCGCCUCCGAAUCUCUACGGGAUGGUCAUUUUGACCGAAACGUGUUUGAUGAAGCCUGCUUUUAUAAUGGCGACUACAUGACUGCUCGCACAAAAAUGGCAGCUGAUUUACUGGACAAUGAUGAGAUGCUGGAAACCAUGGAUGUUUAUGACAUCUUUGUCCGAUAUUCUGGACUUCAUGUCUUUCGUGCUGUUGAGCCAGCACUAAUGCAAAAAUAUGUGCGGCGGGCCUGCAACCCUCGCUUCAGCGAAGACAUUUAUCACCGUUGUGUGCUGAGCAAUCUGGAAGGUCUUGCCUCUAGAACACAACUGGGGUCAGCUUUAUUUGAACAGGAACAAGCCAACAGCACUUGAGUGUACUGUGAGCUAAGCCCUAAGUGGCCAUUUUGAAACGGCACUUGCUGGCUUCAGCUAUUAGAACAUGAGGACAGCGCGUUGAUUUCAUUUUCUUGGCCUUUCAAUUACUCUUCACACUCCUCAUGCCAGUUUUCCCAGGAUAUUAUAAACUGCUGCAUUUCAAAACAAUUCCCAGCAGACAUGUGAGGUUCAUCUUUAGCCUGGCUGUCAUUCACAGUGAGGCGAUGAUGCUUCAGACGUGUGGAUGUCCAGUUUGCUUUGUGACCAUUAUCGUGUACGCUCUUGGGCCUCACCCCUUGUAGCUCAUUCUUUCGUGUCUUAAUUGAAACGAUUCGUUCCUCCCCAUUUUUGUCUCUCGUUUAGUUAUUUCAUUUUCAUCUCCGCUGCUGAUCUUUUCCAGUCCAAGUCGAUCAGAGUCCCUAAGAAUUUCUAAGGGCUGGGUCAUUGCAAGGGUGACAUUUCCAAUUGUCUGAAUUGCUGUAUCAAACCUAGUGUUUAGGACAAAGUAAAGAGAAAAUGAGCAAGCAGACAUGUCACUCCAAAGUGCUUAACGGUUUCCUUGUAGUUGCUCUUCCUGUAAAUCCAUUAAGGUGCAUGUGGGCCUUUUGGUGGAGAGGCCUGAUAAACUCACUGCAUGACACCUUGCUGCUAUGAAUGACUGGAAAAGGUCGGUGGCUGAGCCAGCUGGACAGGCGUGUCCAUGACGCCAUGUCGUGAGGUUUAAUAUGCGAGACCUGACUUUUAAAGGCACCGUACUGGGCUCAGGAACAAUUCAGCUUUCUAAAAACUUUCAUCUUCUGUGGGUCUUUAUUUUAUUCGUCUACCAAAAAUGUGUCUUAAACUCUGGAACCCUUUAGAGUUCAUGUUGUGUUUGUUCCAUGACUGAAACUAACACUCAGUUGACUGGUGUGAGGGGAGAAGCAGGAUGGCAUUUCAAGGUGGCUUUAGGCAGUAAAGGACUUCACUUACUUUGCUUUGUGUCUUCAAGAUGAGACUUUUUUUGGCCACCACCACAAAUGAAUCAUCUCAACUCUGUAUGGGCAGAGCAGAAGCAAUAAGUUAUAAAGCGCAGGACUGGACUUUUCUCCUAACUUUUCAGGAAUUUCAAUAUUUGGUCUGCUGUACUCUCCUCCAGGAGCUCAGUGUAUUCACUGAUGCAGCCUGACUCGGUUUCUUGGCCUUCUUUUUGUUUCUGCAGUUACCUUUGUUAUGGGUGGCUUUUUUUUUUUUUUUUGUUCCUUUCCUACUUGCUGUGUGAGUUCUUUAACUUCGAAUGAAAAACUGCAAAUCGGUGACACCAUUUUAUUUACAGACAGUUAUGUUUGAUUGAACAUUCAAAUAUUAUAAAGGACAAAUACAUUUGGGGUCAGAGUGUGUUACAUAAAAGACUUCCCAGCAGUGCGCCUUCCUCGCCCAUGAUGAAUGUAGUUCUUGGCCAAGGGUUUCUCUGAAUUUUCAAAAUUUUUUUUCUUACAGUAAACGAGCAACGAGAAAGGCGACCCCCCUUCACCAUGACACGUGCGUGUGGAGCUCUCUUCUGCAGGCGUGCUGGGGACGGCCCGUUUAUUUGGGGUGUCGCUCGGUGCGUUCACAGUACUGACGUGCAAGUGGAAGGGGAGUGCAGGCUAAAGGCUUAGUAGCUGUAAGAAUUCUGGCAGGAGACAUUUUACAACUAACUGUAUUGUUGUUUUAGGACUGAAAAUAAAAAAGUAUGUUGAGCA